AUGGAUUCCUCGGCACUAUAUCUAUCCUUGGUGCCGUUGUCGCUGGUCCUGCUGGCCUUGCGCACCGUUUACCAUCUGUACUUCCAUCCGCUGUCCAAGUUCCCAGGUCCAAAACUCGCUGCUGCGACCUUUCUCUAUGAGUUCUACUAUGAUGUGAUUAAAAGCGGCAUGUACAUCUGGGAGAUAGAGCGCAUGCACGAGAAAUAUGGCCCAAUCGUCCGCAUUAAUCCUCGGGAAAUUCACAUCAAAGACUCAAACUACUACGAUGAAAUCCACGCCGGCGCCUCGCACAAACGCUCCAAAGACCCUAAAUACGCCAUAGCCUUUGGGGCGCCCAACUCCCUCGUAGGAACAAUAACCCAAGACCAUCACCGCUUCCGUCGGGGCCUGUUGAACAACUACUUCUCCAAGCGGUCGGUGGUAGAGCUUGGCCCGUCCAUCGAAGACAAAGUCGAGAAGCUAAUCGCUCGCUUCGAGCAAGCCCACCAAGCCGGCGACGUGCUGCACCUGCAACUAGACUUCGCCGCGCUGACUGCGGAUGUCAUUACUGACUACUGCUACGGCUGGAGCUACGGCUACCUAGACGGUGAGAAGGGGUCACGGAGCAACGACCUCGUUGACGCUGUUAACGGGCUGAUGGUUAUGUUCCACAUCAACCGGUUCUUCCCGUUCCUUAUUACUGUGUUCCGAAAUGUAUCGCCCAAGGUGCUGCGCAGGCUGCAGCCGCAGAUGGCCGAUUUGUUUGAUUUGAAAGCUCGACUUAGACAACAGGCGAGUGAUACUUUGCAGAAGCAGGGUCUCCGGAAGGUUGACACUGAGGCGAGGCCGACUAUCUUUGAUGCAUUGACGAGUUUGGAGUUGCCUGCGGAUGAAAGGACGCUAGAUCGGCUAGAGGAUGAGUCCGCGCUGUUGCUUGGCGCCGGUACGGAGACUACGGCUAGGGCUAUUACUGUCUCGAUGUUUCAUCUCAUCAACAAUAAGGAGAUUAUGGCAAAGCUGCGGGCGGAGUUGAAGACUGUGCUGCCGACACCGCUGUCCAAGGCUUCGUGGGUGGAUUUGGAGAAAUUACCAUACUUGACGGGUGUCGUCAAUGAAGGCCUACGUCUCAGUCAUGGCAUGACAUCCCGGCUGGCUCGUAUUUCACCAACCCAACCUAUGCUCUACCAGGACUGGGUCAUCCCUGCAGGUACUCCGGUCAGUCAGUCGAACUACUUCGUUCAUAUGGACUCCACGAUCUUCCCUGAACCGGAGAAAUUUGACCCGGAGCGUUGGAUCCGCGCGGCGGAGAAAGGGGAGUAUCUGAGUCGGUAUAUUGUUUCGUUUACCAAGGGGAGCAGACAGUGUCUGGGAAUGAGUCUUGCCUAUGCGGAGAUUUACUUAUCCUUGGCACAUAUCGCUCGUCGUAUCGACUUUGCACUGUACCAAACUACUACUGAUAACAUCUGUGUUUAUCGUGAUAUGGGAAUUGGAUGUCCGAAGGUUGGUUUGUUUGGUGUUAGGGCUACGGUGGAGGGUCUUGUCGGGGAGUAA